AUGUCUCGAGUCGCCUUACCCGCAGAAAGGCCGCCCGCAGGCCAUCCGCCUCGAGACUCGCUGGAGCUUGCGUCUCUCGCCUCGUCUUCGUCUCCUGAGUCGGUGGGUCGUUCGUCAAUUGCCUCGUCUCGGUCCGGAGUCGCCUCGUCACGCAAGCUGUCGCUGGAGGCCGAUGACCCUCUCUCGAACGCGAAUGAUGCACUGGAAUCCGGUCGCCCGCGUUCUGGCCGUACAUAUUCCGUCUCCUCUGCAUUCGACUUCGGAAGCAACUUGUUCCCACUUUCGCAGACCGCUGGCGGUUAUGCGCCUCUCGGCGCUCCAUCCCUGGUCUCGCUGGACCGUCAUCACGGCCUAAUCGAUGGAUCGUUGGAGAAGCAUAAAUCGCUAACAUAUCUGAAUGGUCUCUCCCUUAUUGUUGGUCUCAUAAUAGGCUCGGGAAUCUUUUCGUCUCCGAGCCAGGUGAACGCAAACGCUGGAUCAAUUGGCGCAUCGCUUAUCGUGUGGGUCGUGGCUGGUCUCCUAGCAUGGACCGGGGCAGCAAGCUACGCAGAGUUGGGAGGCGCAAUCCCGCUCAACGGUGGGGCGCAGGUGUAUCUCUCCAAGAUCUUUGGAGAACUCAUGGGAUUUCUCUUCGCCUGGUGUGCUGUGUUUGUGCUGAAACCCGGUUCUGCGGCGAUCAUCUCCAUUAUCUUUGGAGAGUACGUCGUGCGAGCAGUCGUUGGGGCCGACGUGGAGCUGGUCAAUCCAUGGAUCAACAAGGGCGUCGGUCUUCUGGGGCUCUUCAUCGUGACCUUCCUAAACUGUGUGUCCACGAAGUUGGGGACCCGUAUUGGAGACAUCUUCAUGUUCUUCAAGUUCAUUGCGCUGCUCGGGGUCACGGUGACAGGAAUUGUGGUCGCCGCCACUGGGCUUUCUUCCAAGGGGAAAGCGAGUCAGGAUUGGAAAAAUAUGGGCUGGUUCGAGGGUACGAGCACCGAUAUUUCCGGCUGGGCUGUGGCCUUGUACGCGGGGUUGUGGGCGUUUGAUGGCUGGGAUAACACCAACUAUGUUACUGGCGAAUUCAAGAAUGCGAAUCGAGAUCUUCCUCGGGUCAUUCACACCGCAAUGCCACUCGUCAUAGUUUGCUACCUACUGGCCAACGUCUCGUAUUUCUUUGUCCUCCCUCUCUCGACUAUCGAGAAGAGCAACACGGUAGCGGUUCAGUUCGGCGCAAAGGUGUUUGGACCCGUUGGUGCUCUCAUCCUGGCCAUCGUGGUCUCUGCCAGCUGUUUUGGCGCAUUAAAUGCCACGAUAUUUACCAGUGGAAGGCUGGUCUAUGUCGCUGGAAAGGAGGGGUAUUUGCCCUCGAUGUUUGGGAAUAUUGGAUUUGGGAAAUCCGACAGCACGACUGGUAGUCGGUUGCAGCAUCGUUCUUGGUUCCGCAAGAUGCUUUCACGUUUGGUUGGAGAUGAUAUUGGGAUCGGAUACACGCCCAUCAAUGCUAUGCUGUUUAACGCUGUUCUUGCCGCGGCCUACGUUGUUGUUGGGGAGUUUGGAACCCUAGUCACGUUCUACGGAGUUGCGGGCUACACAUUCUACUUUCUCACCGUUUUGGGGCUGAUCGUCCUGAGAAUCCGUGAGCCUCAUUUGGAACGGCCAUACCGAACUUGGAUUACGACGCCUAUCAUUUUCUGUUGUGUCAGCUUGUUCCUGCUCAGCCGCGCGGUUAUUGCGGAGCCUCUCCAAACCCUGAUCGUCGUUGGGUUUGCGGCGGCUGGAAUUCCGGUAUAUUUCUGGCGUAUCUAUCAGCGAGACGGCAGGACCGAUCUUUCUUUGCUGAAAUUCUGGAGACGACAGUAA